UCGUUUGUAUGUAUGUGUAUAUGUGUGUGUGUGCGUGUACGUGGCUGUCGCUGGGGUGGGAUUGUUGCCCUCGGUAACCAGGGAACCUGUCGUGGCUUUCCGGCCGCUCCGGAGCUCUGGGAGAUUCAAGCGGGGUUGAGGUUGUGGGGUCAGGCGUGUGUCGUUUUGAAGAAGGACAGUUUUUGGAAAGGCGGCGAGGGACUGCACCGUCGCCGGCCGCCCCGGAACGCGAAGAAGGCUAUGGCAUGCCAUUCUGCAACUAUUGAUGCUUUAUAAAAAGAACUGUUGAAAUAUUGCACUUCAGGUAGACAUGCAGAAAAAGACAACACCAUUGCCACGUGGCACAAUGGCAUCCUCAAGACUAGCGGGAAGAACAUCUCGAGAUAUUGCUGGAGUGAUGCAGAGACUCCAAGAUGAACAAGAAUCUGUGCAAAAGCGGACUUUCACAAAGUGGAUCAACACACAUCUAGCCAAGCGCACUCCUCCCAUGGUAGUCAAAGAUCUAUUUGAAGACAUUAAAGAUGGAAUUGUAUUGAUCGCUCUUUUGGAGGUCCUUUCAGGACAAAAACUGCCUUGUGAACAAGGGCGAAAAUUGAAGAGAAUUCAUGGAGUGGCCAAUAUUGGUACUGCCCUUAAGUUCCUAGAAGGACGUAGGAUUAAGCUUGUCAACAUUAAUUCAACUGAUAUUGCCGAUGGAAGACCAUCUAUUGUGCUUGGGUUGGUGUGGACAGUAAUCCUGUAUUUCCAGAUAGAAGAACUUACGAGCAACCUGCCACAGUUGCAGUCACUCUGCAGUAGUACAUCAUCUGUGGAUAGUGUCGUCAGUUCUGAAACUGCCAGUCCACCGUCCAAGCGGAAAGUUUUCACUAAAGUGCAAGGAAGCGCAAAGAAGGCUUUGCUAAAAUGGGUGCAGUACACAGCAGCAAGGCAAACUGGGAUCGAAGUGAAGGAUUUUGGACAAAGCUGGAGAAGUGGUAUUGCCUUUCAUUCAGUUAUUCAUGCUAUCCGUCCAGAACUAGUGGAUUUGGAGAAGGCGAAAACGCAAUCUAACAAAAAAAAUUUGGAAGAGGCCUUUACAAUUGCAGAAUCAGAACUGGGAAUUCCAAGACUUCUUGAUCCUGAAGAUGUGGAUGUGGAUAAACCAGAUGAAAAAUCAAUUAUGACCUAUGUAGCACAGUUUCUGAAACAUUAUCCAGAUCCUCAUAAUACGACAGGCGAUGCACAGGAGGCUGAUAAAGAUCAACCGAUGCUAAGAGAUCUGAAAAUUUGGAUUGAACAAUUUGAAAGAGAUUUGUCAAGGACACAAAUGACGGAAGCAAGCUUACAAGAAAAAUACCAGUCAUUCAAACAUUGCAAAGCACAAUAUGAAGCGAAGAGGAAACAAGUUGAAUGUGCAAUCCAGUCUUUAAGAAAGGAUGGAAAACUUUCCCUUGAUCAAGCUCUGGUGAAGCAAGCCUGGGACAAAGUUACUUCUCAACUUUUUGAAUGGCACUUGUAUCUUGAUAAAUCUCUUCCUGCACCUCUGGGCCCUAUCGCAGCCUGGCUUUGUAGGGCUGAGACCUCUCUUAGAGAAGACAUUUCCAUUCAGCAGUCUCAUGAGGAAACAGCAGAUACGUUACAUCGGAAACUUGAACAGCAUAAGGAUAUGCUUAAAAAUGUAGAUGGGUACAAAAGGACAUUCCAGGAAAUCCGCCGAGCUCAGUCUGUCAAUGGAGUCCCUAUUCCGUUAGAGCAGCUUGAUGAUAUGGCUGAGAGGUUUAAUUUUGUUGCCUCUUCAUCUGAUCUCCAUCUGCUGAAAAUGGAGUUCUUGGAACUGAAGUACCGCUUGCUGUCACUCUUGGUCCUGGCUGAAUCAAAAUUGAAAUCAUGGAUUAUCAAAUAUGGAAGAAGAGAUUCUGUUGAGCUGCUUCUUCAGAAUUAUAUGACUGUUAUAGAAAACAACAAAUUUUUUGAGCAGUAUGAACUUACAUACCAGAUCUUGAAAAAAGCAGCUGAGAUGUAUGCCAAUGCUAAUGGCUCACCGGAAGAAAUAGAGAACAUUACGAAGUUCAUGAACGAUACAACAACACAGUGGAGGCACUUGUCAGUUGAAGUGAGAAGUGUUCGGAGUAUGUUAGAAGAAGUCAUUUCUAAUUGGGAUCGAUAUAGCAAUACAGUCGCCAUUCUGCAGGCCUGGCUGGAAGAUGCUGAAAAAAUGUUGAAUCAACCUGAACAUGCUAAAAAGGAUUUCUUCCGGCAUUUACCACAAUGGAUUCAGCAACAUACUGCAAUGAACGAUGCUGGCAAUUUUCUGAUUGAAACAUGUGAUGAAACUGUUUCCAGAGAUUUAAAACAACAACUGCUCUUGCUAAAUGGACGAUGGAGAGAAUUAUUUAUGCAAGUUAAACAAUACGCUCGGGAUGAUGAAUUAGACAGAAUAAAGAAGGAAUAUUUCGAUGGAGUGGCUGCCUUGUCUGCUUUCAUUGAUGAUGUAAAGAGAAAAAUCCACACACGUUUAGAAGUGUCCUUUCUAAAUGUAAAGUUAUUUGUCCAAGAAAUGGAGGAUAUUAAACAAAAAGCACCCAUUAUGGAAUCCCAAUACAAGAUGUUAACAAGGACAGCACAAAUGGUUACCAAGGAAAUUCCACAAGAAGAAGUCAAUGAAAUGCUUGCAAGAAUGCAGAGAAUCAAAGGACAGCUCAGCAAGGUUAAGGAGACCUGCCCAGUUGUGCUUUUUGAUUCACAAGAAUUACUUCCUCAUCUUGAAGAAUUAGAGAAACAAAUUACACGUUUUCAUGAAUCUCUUGACAAGAUCAAUGAAAUUAUUUCUGUAUUAGAUCCUGAAGCCCAGUCUGCUCAUGUUUUUAAGCAGCAACAUCAGGAUUUGGUAGCUUAUCAAGAACACUGCAAAAAAGCCUUGUUAUUAAUUGAAAGAAAUAGUCAAAUUAUCACAAAGAUUCUGGCUUCAAGUAAAGUGUUAAAUCACUUCAGCUUUUCUGUACUUCAGAAGAAAGUGGUAGAAAUGCAGGCUACUUUCCAGGAUAUGGUGCAGAAGACCGGUGAUUGGAAGAAAAAUGUUGAGGUAAAUAGUCGGCUGAUGAAGAAAUUUGAAGAAUCUAGAACAGAGUUGGAAAAUGUUCUCCAGACUGCCCAAUGCUGUCUAAAAGAAAAAGGUAAUCCCGAAGAACUUCUCCGAAAACAUACGGAAUUUUUCAGUCAGUUGGACCAAAGGGUGCUCAAUGCUUUCCUGAAAGCUUGUGAUGAACUUACUGACAUCCUUCCUGAGCAAGAGCAACACACCCUUCAGGAAGCUGUGCGGAAAUUGCACAAGCAAUGGAAGGAUCUCCAGUCAGAAGCUCCAUACCAUUUACUCCGCUUAAAAAUAGAAGUGGAAAAAAGCAAAUUCCUAGCAACAGUGCAAGAAUGUCACACUGAACUCACUCGCCAGCAUGAGCUCAUGACCAAGGAGAGCAGUGAAAAAAUAAUUAUGGAGCACAAGAUGUUUUUUGGUGAUAAAGGGCCAUUACAACUAUGUGAAAAACGACAGCAACUGAUUAAAGAAUUGUGCUUGAAACUACCAGAAUGGGAUCCAAUUAAAAUGACAUCUGAAAGUAGCCAAAAAGAUCUCAGUGUACUUAAAACUCAAGUUGCCAGGACUUACACGAAACUAAUAGAUCAACCAGACAAAUGGCAAGAAUACAAGAACAGAUUUUCUGAAUUACGAAGCUGGAUUUCAUCAAAGGAAACACAACUUAAAACAAUUAAGAAUGGUUCAGCUGAUACUACUAAAUACAAACAUUUUAAAACAUCAAUAGAGGAAAUUAGGCAAGAUGCCUGCAAGAAGGGAGAAAUUAUCAUCUGGUUGAAAUCUAGGCUUGUUGCCUUAUCUGAGGUUUCUUCUGAGAAUGAAGUAAAAAAACAAGGGGAUGAACUUUCAGUACUUGCUAGUGACUUUAAGAAAAUUUUAGCCUUGUUGACAGAGAUUGAGAAGACAUUGGGUGCGGUUGGAGACUGCGUUCAAUACACCGAAGAAGUAAAAGGCACAUUAGAAGAACUGAUCACAAACUCAAAAGAAGCUCAGACAGAAGUUGAAAAAAUCUUAGAUGUUGAUAACUUGUUACAAGCCCAGCAAAUCUUUCUCUACCAUCAGCAAAAGUCAAAAAGGCUUCAUGCAAAAAGGCAAGAUGUACAACAGCAAAUUGCCCACAGUAAAGAGUUACAAAUUGAAGGUGGUCUGUCUCCUGCUGUGCAAGAAGAUUUAUGGAAGUUGGAGAGUACAUUAGAGAGCAUGCAGCAAUCUAUGGAACAACGUGGAGAUCAAUUGCAGCUCACAAUAAACACAUGGGAACAGUUUGAAAGGGACAAAGAAACAAUUGUCAAGUAUUUGAGUCAUGCGAGCUCUGCCCUUGAACGCAUCUUAAGUUUUAGCAGCUUGGAGAGUUUGUCCUCAGAAUUAGAAAAGACAAAAGAACUUUCCAAGCAGACCGUAGCCAUGGCCAUGGAAGCAGAGAAUCUGGUCAAGAAGUCUUUAGCCAUACAGCUUGGUCAAAGGAGCAAGGAGAGCCUUCAGCAGCAAGCAAAGUCAAUUCAGGAACAAGUUAAAAAAGUAGAAGCUACACUUGAAGAAGAUAUUAAAACCAUGGAAAUGGUGAAAGACAAGUGGGAUCAGUUUGGGAAAAAAUUUGAAGCAUUGUCCCUCUGGAUCAAUGAAAAAGAAAAAGCGCUGGAUGCCUUGGAAAUACCAUCAUCUUCCCUGGAUGUGCAAAUCAGCCAAAUUAAGGCUGUUAAGAAUGAAAUAGCUGACAAGGACAACGAAAUCCCAAAGCUAGAAGAGGAUGCUCAACUUUUCUCUCAGUAUCUUACUUCUGGAGAAUCAGCACAUAUUAAAGCCAAGAUGACACAGAUUAGGAGAUACUGGGAAGAACUCAUAGACCAUACAGAGAAUUUGGAAGGAACCAUCGCAGGAAGGGCAUCGGUGCAGCAAAAAUUUGAGGAAAACUUUAGAAAGAUUCAAGAAGUCUUAAGCAGUUCUGAAGCUAAACUGAUGGAGCUUGAUAUUUCAUCCUGUUCAUUAGCAGAAACUUAUAAGGCUCUCCAAGACCUUACGGACCUCUCACAAGAUCUGGAAAAAACAAAUCAAGCACUGACUUCUUUAUCAUCUUGCUGUCGCAAACUUACAAACAAAGAAAAAGCAAAUCAAGAUAUUGUAAUGCUUCAGCAAAAACAUGAAAAUAUUAUGAAACAAGUGAAAGAGAGACAUGACUCUUUAGAGACUCAUCUAGUACAAUGUCAGAGAUUGGAGAAGGAAUUGUCUACCUUUUUGACUUGGUUAGAGAAGUGUGAAACUGCAGUCAGACCUACAGAACAGCAUGUUUCUGCUGACAAAGUUAAACUAGAAAAUGAACUACAAUUACUUCAAGAUUUGAAAAUGGAUAUUGCAUCUCAUGAUUCACAUUAUACCAGCCUCUUCCAGUUGAAUGAGACACUAUUUAAAGCAAGUUACAGUGAAAGUCUGAGACCAGUUAAAAAAGAAUUAGAAAAAGUUGAUGAAAGAUGGAAAAUUCUACCUCAAACCGUUAACAGGAGGAUAAUUUUCCUCCAAUCUGUACUUGAUGAACACAGACAGUAUGAUGAGCUUCUUCUCAGUUUUUCUGAAUGGAUCAAGCAAUUUCUUUGUAAACUACAGCUAACAUCAGAGAUUGAUAUAACCGAUCAACAGCCCGCUAUAUGUCAAAAUAAGGAGCAUAAAUUAGAAGUGGAAGGAAAAGACAAAGAGCUACAGAGUCUGAAGAGCCAUGUUGAAAAGUUGUGUUCUUUCACUCAGCCAGAAGAUCACAGUGUAUUCCAAAAUAAAGUUGAAGACUGUCUCCAGUUGUACCAAGAGGCUGAUCAAGUAAUCAGCCGCCGUCAAGAAGUUCUUCCCCAUCUCAAGGCCUUUUUAGAGCUUCAUAUCUCUGCAUCACAUGUACUUCACCAGUUGAGACAAAAGGUAGAAACAACGAAAAACAUAGACAAGUCAAAAUCAGAAAUGCUGAAGAAGAAACUAAGUGAGGUCGUUCAAGAUGUCAACAAACUGGAAUCUACAGCAGCCAGUUUAGAUGUAUCCCUUACUAAAGCCCACUACCAUUUAAAACAAGGAAGCUCUCAGCAGAGGAGUUCCAGCAGUAACAUUGCCGACAGUGUCUGUAUAGAACUGGAAUCCAUUCAGUCUCUGCUUGGAUCUAAGCAAAGUGAAGCAGAGGCCCUUAGUGCUCUGUGUUCAUCCAUCCUAGAGCGUAAGGAACAUCUUUUAAAACAAAUUGAAGAUCUUGAAGAAAGGGCUGACAAGGAAGGACUGAAAGAACCAAACCUUCAAGAAGUUCAGCAAAGGUUAAGGAUUUUUAACCAGCUGGAUGAUGAACUGAAUUCUCACCAGCAUGAAUUGAAAUGGCUAAUGAGUAAAGCAAAGCAAAUUGCUUUAAAAGAUAAUCAUUUUGCCCAAACAAUUGACAAAGAAAUUAAUUGUUUGGAAGCAACUUGGGAUGAUACAAAGAAACUAAUCCAAGAAAGGCAGGAACAGGGUUGCGUCCUUCUUGAUAUUAUAAGACAGUAUCACAAUCUGAGAAGUACAGUUUCUAAAGCCAUAGAGGUUGCCAGUGCUGUAACAGUGGCCAAAGCCGUGCUAAAAGACCAGGGAGAUGUGCGAAGGGCCUUAUCAAAGCAUGAAGCAGCCAGAAAUGAGCUGAAUGAUAGACAGACUGAACUGGAUGCUUUCACUAACAAAGGAAAACACCUAAUUGCAGAACUGAAAAAGAUACCAAACUGUGAUGCUCGGAUGAUAAAAACUGAGAUGGACAGUACCGUGGACAAAUGGCUAGAUGUUUCAGAAAAAAUUGAAGACAACAUAGAUAAGUUGAGCGUUAGUGUAACUUUGUGGGAAGACAUACUAGCCAUCCGUGAUAAUAUUGACGGAUGGUGCAAUAACGCCAUCUCCCAGUCAAAUGAUAUCAUACACAACUUGGCAAGCUGUCAAGGAACUGAAGUUUUUUUGGAUGAAUUUCAGUCUCAGGUGAAGCACAAAGAAGAGAAGUUGGAGCAAAUGACUUCGAACAUAUAUAAGCUUAAAAAAUUGAUAAAUUCAGAAGAACUUCCUCCAAUUCUUCUGUUUUUAGAUGCUGAUUUAAAGAAGAAGAUAAUGCAUAGCAAAACAAUGUAUGAUACAGCUAAAGAAACUUUGAAAGAUUUUAAUUCUCAGAAGACCCAGUUAUAUAACUUUAUUACUCAGAUGGAAAACUGGUUUGUCAAUACAGAAGAAUCACUAUUAAACUGCUUUCAUAGUCAGGUUCCAUCAGAUCUUGGGACAGUCAAUAAAAUACAGAAGGAGAUUCGCCAACAGCAGAACAAUUUUGAUUCUACUCAGGAAAUGCUUAAUGGCCUCUGCCGCAAAUAUCCAUCUUUGGAGUUGGAAACUCUUGGAGGCACUAUAACGUCCCUGAUAAAGAAGUAUGAAGCUGUGAACCAGUUGAGUUUGAAAACACAGGCUUCUUUACAGGAGUCCCUAGAAAAACAUUUCCUACAAUCUAUGGAGGAAUUUCAAAACUGGUAUUCUAAUCUGAAGAUUGCAAUAAAAGAUAUAAAUAUUGCAACUGGGGACAGUAAAGCUAUUGAAGCAAAACUCCACAAACUACAGAAAGUACUAGACUCUUUUAAUGAAGGAAAGGUUAAACUGGAGUCAGCCUGCCAGGAAGGAGAAAAUUUGUGUACUUACUUGCCUAAACCAUCUGUGAAUGGUAUUCAAGAACAGAUAUCUAAAGCUCAUCAGGACUUUGAAGCAUUUCUAAAACAAUGUUUGAAAGAUAAACAAGCUUUGGAAGAAUGCAUUGCAGAGUUGGAAAGUUUUGAGGACCAAUGCAAGAGCUGGAGUUUAUGGCUUCAUGAAAAGGAAGAAAGGAUAAAUACAGAAGCUCUAGGGGAACACAAACAGCACAUCCCAGAUAAGAAAGACGAGGUACAGAAGGUAGAAGCCUUUUUGGAAGAACUUCUGCUUGCAAGAGAAUCCUUUGAUAAACUCUCUCAAAAGGCACAGUUUUUAAGUGAGAAAGACUACAGUACUGGAAUGGAGGUUCGUCUGGCCUCUCAGCAAUUUUCUGCUUAUCAGAAUUUAAUCAAGGACGUAAAGGAGAAGCUACGGCUCUCUCAGAUAGCUCUCCAAGAUCACCAGACUUUGGAAGAAGCUCUGCAGGAUAUGUGGACCUGGGUGAAGGAUGUUCAAGGAAAACUCAGCUGUGCUGAGGGCACCCUUGGGGACAAAAUGACCUUGGAGAAACGACACCUCCAAAUUCAGGAAAUCCUAUUAAUGAAAGGAGAAGGAGAAGUCAAGUUGAACAUGGCCAUUGGCAAAGCUGAACAAGCCCUUAAGACAAGUAAUGAAGAGGGACAGAAAGUGAUUCAGAGCCAGCUGCAAAGAUUAAAAGACCUCUGGGCCAGCAUUGUCAGCACCUCGGUGAGCUGUCAAAGCUUGUUGGAGUUUGUGAUAAAUCAGUGGAAUUGCCACCUGGAGAAGAAAAGUCAGCUGGACCACUGGUUGGAUUCAAUAGAUCAGAAAUUGAAAGAGCCUUUGGAACCUCAGAAUGGCCUGAAAGAGAAAUUUUCUCAGCUGGAUUGCUCCCAAGCUAUUGUUUCAGAAGCAGAAGAACGUUCUAAUGAUCUACACCAGCUCAUAGUAAAAGCCCGAGAACUGCACGAGAAAACACAGGAUGAUUCUUUUGGAGAAACUGCUCAAGAGGAGUUGAAAACACAAUUCACAAAUAUUGCAACAGUUGCUAAGGAAAAAAUGAAAAUAGCCGAAGAUAUUGUAAAAGACCAUUUGCUAUACCUUGAUGCAGUGCAUGAAUUUUCCGACUGGCUUCAUUCAGCAAAAGAAGAGCUUCACCGCUGGUCGGAUACAUCAGGAGAUUUGUCUGCCAUACAAAAAAAAUUAGCCAAAAUCAAUGAGCUGAUAGAUUCCAGACAGACUGGUGAGGGUCGCCUCCACAGGAUCCAAACGCUGGCUCCUGCCGUGAAAAAGAACACAAGCGUUCAAGGGUGCAAAGACAUGGACGCCGAAAUGCAGGCCCUCCAGUCCGACUGGAAGCAGUGGGAAGAGAAUGCUUUCCAGUCCCGAAACAGGCUGCAGGAACUGGAGAGUCAGAUGGCCUGGUCAGAGCAGGAGUUUGCAGCCCAGGCUGUUCUUCUGGAAGAGGCCUUGCAACACUUCAGCACGUUGCUUGCAACCUGGUCUGAAGGCCUGACCCCUCUGGAUAGUAAGCACACAGACCAAGAGCUGGUUGAUUACUGGCACCGAGAAAAGGAAACUCUAGAUGCCCUAACAAAGGCAGAGUCAAUUAAUGAUGAUAUUAAGAUUCAAUUAAAUGAUCUUUGCCGGUUUUCCAAAGAUUUGAGCACCUAUUCUGCAAAGGUUUCCCAGUUAUUUAAAGAAUAUAAUAGUCUUUGUCUACAAGCUUCAAAGGGAUGCCAAAGUAAAGAGCAGGCCUUGCAACAGAGAUUCAGGGCAGUCUUCAGAGAUUUUCAGCAAUGGCUGGUCAAUUCCAAAAUCACUACUGCCAAAUGUUUUGAUGUGCCUCAAAAUGUCAGUGAUGUUACAGCUAACAUACAAAAAAUACAGGAAUUCUUAUCUGAAACUGAGACUGGUCAACAUAAAUUAAAUUUAGUGAUAUCCAAAGGAGAACUGUUAAGUUCUGUAUUACCUAAAGAAAAAGUUAAAUCCAUUCAGACCAAAAUUGCCUCAGCUAAAGAGGACUGGAAGAAAUUUAUUUCCACUCUACACCAAAAGGAAACAACUUUAGAGAAUUUAAAGGUACAGAUGAAAGACUUUGAAACAAGUGCUGAACCUCUUCAAGAUUGGUUAAAUAAAACCAAAGAAAUCGUGCAAAGCAGUAAUAAUAAUCUGCAUGACCUUUCCACUAAAAAGAGAGAGCAUCAGAAUCUACAGUCUGUCCUUGAAGAAAUAAAAUGUAAUGAGCCUCAGCUCAGCAGAUUAAAAGAAAAAGCUCAGCAGCUUUGGGAAGAACAAGCUGCCAGCAAAAACUUUGUGCACAGAGUUUCUCAGCUAUCAUCUUUCUAUCUUGCUCUGAGCAACCUAACAAAGGAAAAGGUCUCCAGAAUGGACAGAAUAGUAGCAGAGCACCAACAGUUCUCUCAUGGACUGAAGGAGCUUCAGGACUGGAUGGCAGAUACAAUUCAGGUGCUUGAAUCUUACUGCUGUCCCACGGCAGACAAAAACGCCCUUGAUAAUAGAAUGGCAAAGCUUGAGGCAAUCCUUUCAUUAAAGCAAGAGAAAGAAAUUCAAAUGAAAAUGGUGGUGACAAGAGGAGAAUCUGUUUUGCAAAGUACGUCAGUAGAAGGAGCAUCUGCGAUUGAAGAACAGCUGAAAACACUUAAGGACACAUGGGCUUCCCUCUUGUCUAUGUGUAUCCACUGCAAAAGCCAGCUUGAAGGAGCUCUUUCCAAGUGGACAAGCUACCAAGAUGAUGUUCAGCAGUUUAGUAGUUGGAUGGACAAAAUAGAAGCAAUUAUGAAUGCCUCAGAAAGACAGUAUUCUGAACUGAGGGAAAAAAAAUCUUCACUCAGCAAAGCUAAGUUACUUAAAGAAGAAAUAUUUAGUCACAGUACAUUGCUGGAAGCUAUUGAAGUCAAAAGCACGGGCAUGACCGAGCAUUAUGUCACUCAGCUUGAACUGCAAGACCUUCAUGAGAGAUACCAGCUUCUCAAAGACAGAAUAAUGGAAACAAUAACUAAAGCUGAAGGAUACAUUCACUUGCAUCAAGAAUACCAAAAGAAUUUGAAGGUCUUUGAAGUAUGGCUGGAAAAGGAACAGGAAAAGCUCAGCUGUUUAUCACACCUUGAAGGCGAUACAGAGAGAUACGAAGCAACACUCCAAGAGCUCCAGGAAUUACAGGUACAUUGUGCUGAAGGACAAGCAUUGCUUAAUGCAACACUCCAUGCUAGAGAAGAAGUAAUCCCAUGGGGUGCUCCCCAGUUGGAGGAAAGAGUAUUGGAGUCUCUCCGUCAAGAUUGGACAGUCUACCAACACAAGCUUUCUGACGUUAGGGUACAAGUGAAUACUACUUUAAGUAGACUAAAACUGAUGGAGAAUAAAUUUCUGAAGAUGGAUCAAUGGCUCAAAACUCUGGAGGAGAAAGUUAAUAUCAGGACUAGCCGGCAAUCUGACCGAGCCACAAAGGAAAUCCAGCUUCAGCAAUUGAAGAAUUGGCAUGAAGAAAUAACAGUCUAUAAAAAUGAAGUUGAAGAAGUUGGGUUGUUGGCGCAGCAUUUCCUGGAGGAAAUUCAUACUUCUAGUAGAAUGGGAAGACAAGCAACCCAGCUUGCUUCUCGAUACCAGACUCUUGUUCUUCAUGUACUGGAACAAAUAAAAUUCCUAGAAGAAGAAAUGCGAAGUUUGGAAGAAUCUGAACUAGCUUUCAGUGCUUACAAAGACUGGUCUGAAGCUAUCCUUAGGAAAUUCAAAAAUGUUGUGACAAAAUGUGAUGUAGCGGAGAGAGCAUUAAUGGAGAAAAAAAUGCAGAAACUUGAGGAUCUCAUGAGUGACAUGGAAGUUGGUCACAGUUUGCUCAAAUCCGCCCGUGAGAAGGGAGAAAGAGCUAUUAAGUACAUUGAGGAAAAUGAAGCUGAACAACUGAAGAAACAAAUCAGUGAUUAUGUAGAACAACUUGAUGAAAUGACUUGCUCUAUCAGAAAGGAAUGUACAACCGUGGAGAAAUGUCUCCACUUAACAAAGGAAUUCUUAGAUAAAUACAAAGUACAGACACAGUGGCUAACAGAUUAUCAAAUCAUACUGCACAAUACAGUGGAUCCCAAAAUGGAAUUAUAUGAGAAGAAGGCACAAUUAUCAAAAUACAAGACAGUGCAGCAGACUAUACUAUCCCACGAACCUUUAAUCAAAUCUGUUGUGGAAAAAGGAGAAAGCCUUUUUGAAUUGACUUGUGACACCAAUGUAGAUAAGAAUGUUCAAAAACUUCAGAAUGAAUACCAGGAGCUCUGCAACAUAGCAAAGUUGCAGGUUGCAAGCUUGGAGGAGAAAAUGAAACAACAUGAAGACUAUAAUAGUGUUUUACAGGAAGUGGAAAAGUGGUUAUUGCAGAUGUCCAGCCGGCUGAUUACCCCUGAACUCAUGGAGAACAGUGAUCUAGAAGUGAUAACACAACAAUUAGCCAGUCACAAGGCAACGAUGGAAGAAAUUGCUGGAUUUGAAGAUCGCCUGAACAUCCUUAAGAGCAAGGGAGAUUCUUUAAUCAAAGAGUGUGCAGAACAUCUCCAAGCAAAAUUUAAACAAAAUAUAGAAACCCAGCUGCAGGGAACGAGAGAUAGCUAUUCAGCCAUCUGUAGCACAACUCAGAAAGUAUAUCAAAGUUUGGAGCAUGAACUCCAGAAACAUGUUAACCAUCAGGAUACUCUUCAGCAAUGCCAAGCUUGGCUCUGUACAGUUUGUCCAGAGUUAAAGGCCAAUCCUCAUCGACCUUCUAGUUCAGCAGAUGCUAUUAAGCAGAUUAAACAUUUUAGAGCCCUGCAAGAGCAGGCAAACACCUAUUUGGAUCUAUUAUGCUCCAUUGACGAUUUAUCAAACAGCGCAGUAAAAAAUGCAGCAGCAGAUAUUCAAGUAGCAAAGCAAACGAUUGAAGAUAGGAUAAUGAACUCCCAGUAUCUUGCUCAGGGCUGGGAAGAAAUAAAGCAAAUGAAAGAGGAACUUUGGAUUUAUUUCCAGGAUGCAGAACAGCAACUGCAGAAUAUGAAGAGACGGGGGGCAGAGCUGGAAUUAAAUAUUGCUCAUAAUAUGGUUUUACAAGUGAAGGACUUCAGCCAGAAGCUGCAAGCUAAGCAGACAGUUUUGACUGCAGUGACUGAAAAAGUGAGCAAAUUGGCAGAAGGGCAGGAGUCACCAGAGCAUAAGGAAGUAGGACGCUUGAGCAACUAUUGGCUUGAUCUUUGCCUUCAAACCAGCAACGUGCUCUUACGUAGAAAAGAAGAUUUUCAGAGAACAACAGAUUAUCAUGAUUGCCUAAAUGCAGUAGAAGUAUUUUUAGAAAACUUUACGCAGGAAUGGGAUCACUUGGCAAGAUCUGAUGCUGAGAGUACAGCUACACAUCUUGAGGCUUUGAAAAAGUUGUCAGUGGCUCUGCAGGAUAAACAGCUUGCUCUUGAAAACUUAAAGGAACAGAGGCAAAAAGUGACUGAACAUCUAAAUUUGGAUGAUAGAGAACUAGUCAAAGAACAGUCAGGAUACUUUGAGCAGUGCUGGGUCCAGCUGGAGGACCAAGUCAAGAGGAAAAUACAGCUGUCUGUCACCACAUUACAAGAGUUGAGUGUUGUGCAAGCCAAACUUCAAGAAUUAAUGGAGUGGGCAGAAGAGCAGCAGCCUAGCAUCUCUGAAGCUCUUAAACACAGCCCGCCUCCUGAGCUGGCUCAAAAUUUUCUCAUGGAUCACCUCACCCUUUGUAGUGAAGUAGAAGCCAAGCAGCUUGUUUUGAAAACAUUAAUAAAGGAAGCUGAUAGAGUGAAAACUAAUUUAGGUCUUAAUGAAAGACAAAUGCUUGAAAAAAGUCUAUCAGAUGCCCAAAAUCAUGUGGAUUUCCUUAGUGAUCUGGUUUGGCAGAGAAGAAAGCACUUAAAUAAGACAUUAUCUGACAGGACUCAGUUCUUCCUAGCAGCUCUUCAGGCCAUGAAUCAAAUUAAACAAUAUGAGAAAAAGGUAAUAUUCCAUGAGCAUAUCUGUCUGCUUCCAGAAGAUGUGAGCAAACAGAUCAGGUCUUGUAAGAGUAUACAAGCCAGCCUUAAGGUUUACCAGAGUGAAAUCUCUGGACUGUGGUCUCAAGGGAGGAACCUUAUGAAGGAAACAACAGAACAAGAGAAAAGUGAAGUGUUGGAUAAACUGCAUACGCUGCAAAACAUGUAUGAUACUAUUUUACAAAAAUGUGGCCAGCGAUUAAUGGAUCUGGAAAAACAUAUCGUUUCUAGGAAAUACUUUAAAGAAGAUUUAGAUAAAGCAUGCCACUGGUUAAAGCAAUGUGAUAUUGUUUCAUUCCCAGAAAUCAAUUUAAUGAAUAGUAACACAGAACUUUAUUCUCAAUUAGCUAAGUAUCAGCAGAUUCUUGAAGAGUUUCCUGAAUAUGAAAAUCUUUUGUUGAUAGUUCAACAAGAUGGCCAGGAAAUUUUACCAUCACUUAAUGAAAUGGAUCGAUCCUAUCUCGAGGAAAAACUCAGUGCCUUGCCGCAACAAUUUAAUAUGAUCAUUGCUUUGGCUAAAGAUAAAUUCUGUAAAAUCCAAGAAGCAAUUACAGCCCGUAAAGAAUAUGCAUCAUUAAUUGAACUGACAACAAGGGCCCUGUCUGAAGUGGAAGAUCAGCUUGUAAAUUUGCGUAAAACCCCCUCUGCUCUUACAGCUAAAGAGGUUGUGUCACUUAUGGAAGAAUACAAAAACGUCCUAAGCGAAGUCAUAAGCCUUGGCAGUGCAGUAGAUGAAUUAAACCAGAAGAAGGAAGCUUUUCGAAGCACUGGUCAGCCAUGGCUACCAGAAGAGAUGUUAACGCUUGCUACGCUCUAUCACAAAUUAAAAAGGCAGGUAGAACAGAAAGUUAGCCAAUUAGAAGACAUGAUGGUGGCUUAUCAGGAACAUGAAGAAAUGUGUAAGCAGCUUGAGAUGAAACUAAAUUCCAUAAAAGAAAAAGAAGCAGAAGUGAAUGAAGAAACCCUCCCAGCUGAGGAAAAGCUAAAAAUGUAUCAUUUCCUAGCUGGUAGUCUUCAGGAUUCUGGAAUCCUUUUGAAACACAUUGCGGAACAUCUUGAAGGACUUUCUUCCCAGCUUGACCCAUCUGUUCAUGAAGGAGCUGAUCGUCAAGUGCGAAAUUGGCAGGAGAUGCUGAAGGUAUUGCACACAACCAUUGGGGAUAAAGUGGUGGAGUGUGAAAACAGGCUGGUAGAGAGCAUAGAUUUUCAAACUGAAAUCUGUCGCUCUCUGGAUUGGCUGGGACGCAUCAAAGCAGACCUGAAUGAACCAUUAAACAUGGAUGCAAAACUGAACAGCAUUCAAGAAGAGAUUCGCAAGGUUCAGAUCCAACAGGAAGAAGUACAAUCCAGCCUAAGGAUAAUGAGAGCACUAAGCAAUAAAGAAAAGGAGAAAUAUAUGAAAGCCAAAGAACUGGUUCCUGUGGACUUGGAAAACAGCCUUACUGAGCUCUCUGAACUCAACAGUGAAGUCCAGGAAGCAAUACAAAAGAGGCAGGAAAAUUUGACUAAGUUAUACAGUCUUUGCCAAAGAUACUACCAAGUUUCCCAGACUGCUAGCAACUGGCUUGAAGAUGCUCAGGUAUUGCUCCAAUUUGCACAAAGCGGCCUUGAUACAGAGAAUUCAGAAGAAAACCUAAGAAACCACACAGAAUUUUUUAACACUGAAAAACAGUUCCGACUCCAUUUGAAAGAAGUAAAGAUGCUUGUGUCUGACAUGGAGCCAUUCAUUCAAACCUUCAGAAAAGAAGAUCUGGAGCAGAAAGUGAGGGCUUUAGAAGAUAAGAGCAUAGAAAUAGAACAAGAAGAACAAUGUCAGAAAGAAUUAUUACAAAGAUGUGCUUCCCAGUGGCAAGAAUACCAAAUAGCAAGACAACACAUCAUUGACUUGAUGAAUGAGUCUGAAAAGAAAUUAUCAGAAUUUUCUGUAGCUAAAACUUCUUCCCAACUGGAAGCAGAAGAAAAAUUAGUAUCACAUAAGUCUCUAGUCUCUAUGGUGAACUCUUUUCAUGACACAAUCACUUCACUGGAGGAAAAGGCAUCUAUUCUGGAGAAAACAGGCAAUAUAGCCAGUAAGGCAACCAUAAGUCGGUCCAUGACAACUGUCUGGCAGCGGUGGACCAGACUUAGAAGCAUUGCCCAAGAGCAAGAAAGAAUUUUGGAAGAAUCAGUGCAGAAAUGGAAUGUAUUUGAUGAUAAGAUGCAAAAGGCAACAGAGACGCUUGAUCAGCUGCACGAACGGUUACCAGAGGGCUCAGUAGAAAAAGCUUCAAAGAAUGAACUUCUGGAUCUUCUAGAUUAUCACAGUAAUUUCAUACUAGAGCUCGAGCAGCAGCUGUCAUCUUUGGGUCUCCUCAAGCAGCAUUCUUUUAGUUUGCUCCAAGGUAUAGAAAUAACAGCUAGUUCCCAGGAACAAAUGCCCAUCAUGCAAGAAAUCAAAGCAAUGCAAGACCGAUGUCAUAACAUGCAACAGAAGGUGAAAAAAAGUGAGAAAAUGGUUAAACAAGAAUUAAAGGAACGUGAAGAAGUAGAAAAAGAGAUUAAUAAAGUAAAAACUUGGAUACAGGAAGGAAGAGAAUAUUUAUUAAAUCCUACAAUAGACAGUGAUACUCAACUUGAAAAACUUCAGACGCUCCUAAAUGAUGCCACUAUGCACCGUCAAGCAGUUGAGAAAAUGGCUGAACAGCAGCAGAAUAAAUACUUGGGACUUUAUACCAUUCUACCUUCUGAGCUGUCUCUUCAGUUAGCAGAAGCAGGCUUGGCGCUAAUAAAUAUACAUGAGCAGAUUGAAGCCAAAGUAAAAGAAGCUCAGCAGCACAAAACAUUAAAUCAAGAAUUUAACCACAAAAUUCAAGAUGUAGCCAAAGAACUUGAUUUAAUUCAACUGAAAUUGAAAGAGAAGACAAAUAAUAUAACACAAGCUAAAAGAGAUCAAAAGAACCUGGAUGAAGAACUGGACAGCUGUAACAUAAAGCUUCUGGAACUUGAGGCAGCUGUCCAAAGCUUUGCAGAGCAGAAUCCUCAGCUAGGUAAACAGCUGACUGGCAAAAUUAAUAAACUGACAGAAUUCCACCAACAAAUAAUUAGGGAAGCGGAAUACAGGGCAUCCAAGCUAAAUCAGGCUGUUUCUCAUUUAGAUGAAUAUAAUGAAAUGCUAGAAUUCAUACUAAAAUGGAUUGAAAAAGCUAAGAUUUUAUUACAUGGUAACAUAAUGUGGAAUUCUGCUACUAUACUUCGCAAUCAGUUUAUGUCUCAUCAGCAUUUGCUUUUGGAAAUGGAAUCAUUGAAGCCAAAGGUUCACGCAGUCCAAGUUUGUCAGAGUGCUUUACGGAUCCCUGAAGAAGUUCUCACUACUCUACCGAUAUGUCAUGCAGCUCUUAGGCUGCAGGAGGAUGCCAGUCAUCUACAGCACACAGCUAUCCAACAGUGCAAUAUAAUGCAGGCAACAGUAGUACAGUAUGAGCAAUAUGAACAAGAGAUGAAACAUCUGCAGCAAAUGAUAGAAAAAGCCCAUCAUGAGAUUCAAGAGAAGCCCAUAUCAACAAGUAACAUCCAAGAAUUGGAAGCCCAGAUUUCAUGCCACGAGGAGCUGGCGGAGAAGAUCAAAGGUUACCAAGAGCAAAUUGCAUCUCUCAAUUCAAAGUGCAAGAUGCUCACCAUGAAAGCUAAGCAUGCUACUAUGCUGCUGACAGUGACAGAGGUGGAGGGGCUGUCAGAGAGAAUGGAGGAGUUGGAUUCAGAAGACAUGCUUCCUGCACAUAGUGCUCACCCGUCUGUAGUGAUGAUGACUGCUGGUCGCUGUCACACACUUCUGUCACCAGUUACUGAGGAAUCUGGGGAAGAGGGAAGCAACAGUGAGAUCUCUUCUCCUCCUGCCUGUCGCUCUCCUUCACCCGUGGCUAAUGCUGAUGCUUCUGUUAAUCAGGACAUUGCUUAUUAUCAAGCUUUAUCUGCUGAACAGUUGCAGACAGAAGCAUCCCAAAUUCAGCCUAGUGCUCCAAUUGCUCAGGAAUCCUAUGAACCAAAAUUAGAAGCCCUUUCCAGUACUAAACUGGAUGAUUUGCAACGUUCUUGGGAGACCCUGAAAAAUGUGAUUAGUGAAAAGCAGCGCACGCUUUAUGAAGCCCUUGAACGUCAGCAGAAAUAUCAAGAUUCUCUUCAGUCUAUAUCAACAAAAAUGGAAGCUGUUGAGGUGAAAUUAAAUGACACUCUAGACAAUAAUAAGAGUCCAGAAAGCCAGAUGGCUGGCCACCAGGCUUUGAUGGAUGAAAUUCUAAUGCUCCAAGAGGAAAUAAGUGAGCUACAAACCUCAUUAGCGGAGGAAUUGGUAUGUGAACCGUUAGAGGCAGAUGCUGCUGAGCAGUUGGCUCUGCAGUCCACGCUGACCGUGUUAGCAGAGAGAAUGGCCACUAUUAAGAUGAAAGCUUCAGGAAAACAGCAGCUUCUUGAGGAGAAACUCAAUGAGCAACUAGAAGAACAGCGUCAAGAGCAGGCCCUGCAAAGGUAUCGCUCUGAGGCAGAUGAACUUGAUCACUGGCUUCUGAACACACAAGCAUCUCUAAACACUACUUUGGUGACUGAUGAGGAACCUAUGGAUAUGGAUUCCCAGUUGGUUGACUGCCAGAAUAUGCUUGGGGAAAUCGAGCAGAAGGUGGUGACUUUGUCUGAGCUGUCCGUACACAAUGAAAACCUCCUCAUGGAAGGAAAAGCUCAAACCAAGGAUGAGGCUGAGCAGCUGGCAUUGAAACUCAGAACGCUGAAGGGAAGUCUUCUGGAACUACAGAGAGUCCUUCAUGACAAGCAGAUCAACAUCCAGGGAGCUGUACAGGAAAAGGAAGAAUAUAAAUCAGAUCUGGUCACAUCUCAAGAUCCCAGUGUCCAGGAGUGGUUGGCUCAAGCACAAACAAGCCGUUCACAACAACAGCUAAGCAUCAUACAAAGACAGAAAGAACUAGAGAAAGAACUAGCGGAACAAAAGAGCCUUCUUCGUUCAGUGGCAAGUCGUGGAGAAGAAAUUUUAACUCAAUCAUUUUCAGAUAUGCCUUAUUCUAGCAAGAAGCCAGAUAAACUAACAGAAGAACUGAGUUUAGAAGGAGAAAAGCCCACAAGUGAAGAUCAGAUGAAAAUGAAAUGGGAAAGCCUUAAUCAAGAGUUCAGCAUUAAGCACAGACUUCUACAGAAUGCUCUGGAACAAGAACAAGAACAGUCAGUUUACAGUAGACCAAACCGGCUUAUGUCUGGCAUGCCAUUGCACAAAGAAGAAGGGAAGGCUCAAGAUAAAGCAUCGGUUAAAUAUUUACUGGUUGGUUUGAAUGAGGCUUUCAAAAGUGUUCCUUCCCAGGCUAGAGGUGCUGAAAAGGAGAAUCUGCAGUUUGAGCAAAAACUAUACAGAGGUGUUUCAGCCACCUCGUCUUGGCUAGAUGGAGUUGAAGAACAUUUGUUUGUUGCCACGGCCCUGUUACCUGAAGUGACAGAAACAUGCCUUGAUAAUCAAGAAUCUCUUGCUAAAGAUAUCAAGGAGAUGACAGAAAAAAUGGAUAAGAGCAAGGAUUUAUUUUCUCACGUGUUUCCUGAGACUGCUGAUAACCGAGAUGUUAUAGGAGACACUUUGGACAGUUUGUUACAGAGAUUAACAUUACUAGAUACACUAGUAAAUCAAAGAUGCCAGCAUAUGAAAGAGAGACUUCAGCAGAUACUUAAUUUUCAGAAUGACCUGAAGUUGAUGUUUACUUUAUUAGCUGAUAAUAAGUAUAUUGCACUGCAGAAACUAGCAGAAGCAGUUGAACGCCCUGAAACAGAACAAAUACAGGCUAUUGAACAAGUAGAACAAGGACUGAAAGAAUUAGAUACAGGUAUCACUGAAUUAAAGAAGCGUGGAGAUAAAUUGCAAAUUGAUCAAUCUUUCAUGCAAGAAUUAUCCAAACUUCAGGAUAUGUAUGAUGAGUUAAUCAUGAUCAUAGGAUCACGGCGCAGUGGAUUGAACCAAAAUCUGGCACUGAAGGGGCAGUACGACCAAGCUUUGCAGGAUCUGGCUGACCUGAUUGAAACUGGGAAAGAAAAGAUGGCAGGUGAUCAUAAACUGAUAGUUGUCUCCAAAAAGGAAAUCCAACAGCUUCUUGACAAGCACAAGGAAUAUUUCCAAGGACUAGAGGCACACACGAUCCUAACAGAAACUCUUUUUAGAAAAAUAAGCAGCUUUGCUCUUGUGAAGGAAACUCAAAUCCAUGUAGAUCUAAUGGCACAGGGCUCUGCAGUGUUAAAACAAGCUCAUAAGAAAGGAGUGGAGCUGGAAUAUAUUCUAGAGACUUGGAUGCAUUUAGAAGAAGAAUAUCAGGAACUCACACAGCAGUUGGAGGCUGUUGAAACCAACAUUCCUAGUGUUGGCUUGGUAGAGGAAUCUGAGGAACGGCUUACUGAUCGGAUUUCACUUUAUCAGCAUUUGAAAUCUAGUCUUACUCAACACCAACCCAAACUUUACCAAGUGCUGGAUGAUGGGAAAAAACUACUGUUCUCUGUGACAUGUUCAGAAUUGGAAACUCAACUGAACCAGAUAGGGGAACAUUGGCUAAAUACUACCAACAAAGUUACUAAGGAAAUGCACAGACUGGAAACUAUACUUAAACUCUGGACAAGAUAUCAGAGUGAAUCGGAUGAGCUGAUUCAUUGGCUCCAGUCAGCAAUGGACCGUCUGAAAUAUUGGACCCAGCAAUCUAUCACAGUUCCUCAAGAACUAGAAAUGAUUCGAGAUCAUCUGAAUGCAUUUUUGGAAUUUUCCAAAGAAGUUGAUGCAAAGUCAUCCCAAAAAUCUACUGUUCUGAGCACUGGAAAUCAUCUUCUCCGGCUGAAGAAGGUGGAUACUGCAUCUUUGAGGGCUGGACUGUCACAAAUUGAUAAUCAGUGGACAGAACUCCUCAUACAGAUUCCAGUAGUGCAGGAAAAACUGCAUCAGCUCCAAAUGGAUAAGCUUCCUUCUCGCCAUGCCAUCACAGAAGUUAUGAGUUGGAUUACUUUGAUGGAAAAUGCUAUUUCUAAGGAUGAGGAAAACAUAAAAAAUAUAGUGGGACACAAAGCUGUCCAGGAAUACCUCCAGAAAUAUAAGGGCUUUAAGAUUGAUGUAAGCUGUAAGCAGUUAACUGUGGACUUCGUUAACCAAUCAGUGUUACAGAUUAGUAGUCAAGAUGUGGAAAGCAAGCGUAGUGACAAGACGGAUUUUGCCGAACAACUUGGAAUGAUGAAUAGGCGGUGGCAGAUUUUGCAGAGUCUGAUAAUGGAAAAGAUUCAAUUGUUGGAAGGUUUCCUUGAAUCAUGGACAGAAUAUGAAAAUAACAUUCAGAGCCUAAAAACAUGGUUUGAAACUCAAGAGACAAAACUGAAGGAACAACAGAGAAUUGGAGAUCAAGCUUCAGUUCAAAAUGUCCUAAAAGACUGUCAGGAACUUGAAGAUCAAUUAAAAGCAAAAGAGAUAGAACUUGAAAAAAUUGAACAGACUGGCUUUUCCUUAAUACAAAAUAAAAAAGAAGAAGUCUGUGUUGCUGUUAUGGAUACCCUCCAGAAGCUAAAUAAUUCUUGGGCAAAUUUGGACCACCAGGUUGGUCAGCUGAAAACAUUGCUACAAUCUGUCCUUCAUCAGUGGAGAGUUUACAAAACAUCUUAUGAAGAACUUAAUAGCUACAUAAUGGAAGCAAGGUAUUCUCUCUCUCGCUUUCAUCUUCUUACUGGCUCUUUGGAAGCAGUGAAAGUCCAAGUAGAUAAUCUUCAGAACUUGCAAGAUGAAUUGCAAAAGCAAGACCAUCGCUUACAAAAAUUUGGGUCAGUGACCAAUGCACUAUUAAAAGAAUGCCAUCCACCAGUUACAGAGGCACUUAAUAAUACUUUGAAAGAAAUGAACUUAAGAUGGAACAAUCUUCUAGAAGAAAUUGCAGAGCAUUUACAUUCCAGUAAAGGUCUGCUUCAUCUCUGGCAGAAAUAUAAAAACUAUUACUUGCAAUGUUCUUCUACUGUCCGGCAGUAUGAGGACCGAACAAAUGAACUUUUGAAGGCUGAACUAAAUAAGGACACUGUUGAUGAUGAAGUCACUGCUUGGAUUCAUGACUGCAAUGAUCUACUUAAAGGCAUGAAGACAAUGCAAGAUUCUCUAUCUGUUCUGCACGAACUAGGGGAACAGCUGAAGCAGCAAGUGGAUUCUUCUGCAGCAGCAGCUAUCCAAUCUGGCCAGCUCUUACUAAAUCAGAAUUUAACUUCUUUAGAACAGGGACUCAACAGACAGCAGUCAAUAUUACAGGAAGGAGUUCAGGACUACCAGACCUUUAAUCUCAGUCUGGCAGGACUGGAGCAGUGGACAAAGCAAGCGGAAGAGAUGCUGAAAAUGCAAGAUCCAAGCCACUCAUCGGACUCAUCUAUCAUUCGGAACAGAAUGGAAGAGCUUAAAUGCCAGAUGCUAAAAUUCAGCAGCAUGGCACCAGAUUUGGAUCGUCUAAAUGAGCUGGGAUAUAGGUUGCCCUUGAAUGAUAAAGAAAUUAAAAGGAUGCAAAGUCUGAAUAGAUGCUGGUCAGUGAUUUAUUCACAAACUACUGAAAGAUUCAGUAAGCUACAGUCCUUCAUGCUGCAGCAACAAACCUUCCUAGAAAAAUGUGAGACUUGGAUGGAGUUCUUGGUUCAAACUGAGCAGAAACUGGCUGCAGAAAUUUCAGGAAACUACCAGCUUCUUUUAGAACAGCAGAGGGCGCACGAGCUGUUCCAAGCAGAGAUGUUUAGUCGGCAACAGAUUUUACAUUCUAUCAUCAUGGAUGGCCACAACCUUCUUGAGCAAGGGCAGGUAGAUGACAGGGAUGAAUUCAAUUUGAAACUGGCAUUGCUCAGUAAUCAGUGGCAAGGGGUAAUUCGUAGAGCCCAGCAGAGAAGGGGCAUCAUUGACAGUCAGAUUCGUCAGUGGCAACGAUACAGAGAAAUGGCAGAGAAAUUGCGCAAGUGGCUGGUGGAAGUGACUUGUCAAUCAGCAAGUGGACUAGGCAGUGUUCCUAUCCCACUACAGAGAGCUAGAGCCCUGUUGGAUGAAAUGCAGCUCAAAGAGAAAGUGCUUCUUCGCCAGCAAGGGAGCUACAUUUUAACAGUGGAAGGUGGAAAACAGCUGUUGCUCUGUGCUGAUGGUGAGACAGAAGCAUCUCUACAGAAGGAACUUACAGAAAUUCAAGAGUGCUGGAAAUUAGCAAACCUCAGACUUGAAGAACAGAAAAAGCAGCUCACCUUACUAUUAAAAGACUGGGAAAAAUGUGAAAAAGGCAUAUCAAAUUCCUUGGAAAAGCUAAAAUCCCUGAAGAAGAAACUUUCCCAACCAUUGCCAGACCAUCAUGAUGAGCUCCAUGCAGAGCAGAUUCGCUGCAAGGAACUAGAGAGUGCCGCUGAGGGAUGGACCAGCGAUCUUUCUCAUUUGAACUUAUUAAAGGAGACCCUGUCUACUUUCAUUAGUGCAGAGGACAUUUCGGUACUCAAUGAACGUAUUGAAUUAUUGCACAGACAAUGGGAAGAAUUAUGUCACCAGGUUUCCUUGAGGAGGCAGCAGGUGAGUGAGAGACUGAAUGAAUGGGCAGUCUUCAGCGAGAAGAACAAAGAUCUCUGUGAAUGGUUGACACAAAUGGAAAGUAAAGUUUCCCAGAAUGGAGAUAUCCUCAUUGAAGAAAUGAUUGAAAAACUCAAAAAGGAUUAUCAAGAUGAAAUUGCAGUUGCCCAAGAGAAUAAAAUGCAACUUCAGGAAAUGGGAGAACGGCUUGCUAAAGCAAGCCAUGAAAGCAAAGCUCAGGAGAUUGAAUAUAAACUUGGCAAGGUCAAUGACAGGUGGCAACAUCUUUUAGAUCUCAUUGCAGCCAGGAUGAAGAAACUGAAGGAGACCUUGGUGGCAAUACAGCAAUUGGAUAAGAACAUGAGCAUCUUGAGAUCUUGGCUCGCUCAUAUUGAAUCAGAGUUAUCCAAAGCCAUUGUCUAUGAAACUUGUGAUUCCGAGGAGAUUCAAAGGAAACUAAAUGAACAGCAGGAACUUCAAAGAGACAUAGAGAAGCAUAGCACUGGGGUUGCAUCUGUCCUCAAUCUCUGUGAAGUUCUUCUCCAUGAUUGUGAUGCUUGUGCUACUGAAACAGAAUGUGACUCUAUUCAGCAAGCCACAAGGAACUUGGAUCGAAGAUGGCGAAAUAUUUGUGCCAUGUCAAUGGAAAGGCGACUCAAAAUUGAAGAGACUUGGAGACUAUGGCAGAAGUUUUUGGAUGAUUAUUCUCGCUUUGAAGAUUGGUUGAAAAUUUCUGAAAGGACAGCUGCUUUCCCUAGUUCUUCCGGUGUAUUAUAUACAGUUGCUAAAGAAGAACUGAAGAAGUUUGAGGCUUUUCAGCGUCAAGUACAAGAAAGUUUAACUCAACUAGAACUGAUCAACAAACAGUACCGCCGCUUGGCCAGGGAAAAUCGCACUGAUUCUGCUGGCAGCCUCAAGUUGAUGGUCCACGAAGGAAACCAGAGAUGGGACAACUUGCAAAAACGAGUGAUCUCCAUCCUCCGCAGACUUAAACAUUUCAUUGGCCAACGUGAAGAAUUUGAGACGGCACGUGAUAGCAUUUUGGUCUGGCUUACAGAGAUGGACUUACAGCUCACCAACAUUGAACACUUCUCAGAGUGUGAUGUUCAAGCAAAGAUAAAGCAACUCAAGGCUUUUCAACAGGAGAUCUCCCUGAACAACAACAAAAUUGAGCAAAUUAUUGGCCAGGGUGAGCAACUGUUAGAAAAAAGUGAGCCUUUAGAUGCAGCUGUCAUUGAAGAAGAGUUGGACGAGCUGAGACGUUAUUGCCACGAGGUCUUUGGCCGAGUAGAAAGAUACCACAAAAAAUUAAUUCGUCUUCCACUCACAGACGAUGAGCAUGAGUUAUCCGAUCGUGAAGUGGAUCUGGAUGAAUCAGCAGAUCUUUCCGACCUGCACUGGCAUGACAAAUCUGCAGACAGUGUCCUUUCCCCACAUCCUUCCUCCAUUCUCUCGCUGUCUCUUCCCCAGCCACUCCGAAGUGAAAGGUCAGGGCGGGAUACGCCAGCUAGCGUAGAUUCAAUCCCCUUGGAAUGGGAUCAUGACUAUGACCUGAGUCGUGACCUGGAGACCGCAGUCUCAAGAGCCCUUCACUCUGACGAAGAGGGGAGGGACGACAAAGAUUUUUAUCUUCAAGGAGCUACAAGCCUAGCAGAUGUAGUGAUUCCUGAGAGCCCCGAAGCCUAUAUAAAACAUACUGAAAAUGCUCUCAAAAAUGUCUGUGGAGAACCAGGUUCCUUGGAAACACAUAUUCGGCAGCUUGACAAAGCUUUGGACACUAGUCGUUUCCAAAUACAGCAAACGGAGAAUAUAAUCCGCAGUAAAACCCCUACAGGGCCUGAGCUCGAUUCUAGCUACAAAGGAUAUAUGAAGCUCCUGGGUGAGUGCAGCAGGAGUAUAGAUUCAGUAAGACGGCUUGAACAUAAACUGAAAGAAGAAGAGGAAAAGCUGUCUGGAUUUAUUAACCUGAACAAUGCAGAGCCACAAACAUCUGGUGUCAUUGAUCGAUGGGAGUUAAUUCAGGCCCAAGCCUUAAGUAAAGAACUGAGAAUGAAGCAGAAUCUUCAACAGUGGCAGCAGUUCAGUUCUGACCUAAACAACAUCUGGGUUUGGCUGGGAGAAACUGAGGAGGAAUUGGACCAGUUGCGUUGCCUUGAUCUUAGCACAGAUAUACAGACCAUUGAGUUCCGGAUUAAAAAACUGAAAGAGCUGCAGAAGGCUGUUGAUAAUCGCAAAGCCAUCAUUUUGUCCAUCAACCUAUGCAGUUCAGAAUUCAUGCAGUCAGACAGUGAGGAAAACAAGAAACUGCAGGAACAACUGUCUCAGAUGAACAUGCGCUGGGACCAUGUCUGCUCUGUGUUAGAAGAGUGGCGCUGCUCCCUACAGUUUGCUCUCAUGCAAUGUCAGGAUUUCCAUGAGAUGAGCCAUGGCUUAUUAUUAUGGCUGGAGAACAUCGACAGGAGAAAAAAUGAAAUAGUACCUAUCAAUCCAAAUCAUGACUCUGAUACUCUGCAGGAUCAUCACAGGCUUCUCAUGCAAAUACGACGUGAGCUUCUAGAAUCUCAGUUAAAAGUGGCCUCUCUUCAAGACAUGUCCUGCCAACUGCUAGUCAAUGCUGAAGGCAAGGAUUGUCUAGAGGCCAAAGAAAAGGUCCAUGUCAUUGGAAACAGGCUAAAAAUGCUCCUGAAAGAUGUGACACGUCACAUUAAAGAACUAGAGAAGAUUCUAGAUAUUUCAAGCAGUCAGUUGGACUUAUCCUCGUGGUCUUCUGCUGAUGAAUUGGACACAUCAGGAUCCCUCAGUCCAGUAUCUGGAAGGAGCACUCCAAGCCGACAGAGAAUGCCACGAGGCAAAUGUAAUGUCUCACAGCCUGGACCCUCUGUCAGCAGUCCGCGUAGCAGGCCCAUAAGAGGUGGCUCCGGUUCCUCCCGUUCUGAAAACCAGGGGCAUCAGUCACGACCACAGCACUGCUUCUUCCUCAGGGUGCUGAGAGCAGCUCUUCCUCUCCAGCUUCUCUUGCUACUUCUGAUGGCCCUCGCCUGCUUGGUUCCAGCGAGUGAGGAGGACUAUAGCUGCACCCUGUCAAAUAAUUUUGCACGCUCCUUCCAUCCCAUGCUUAGAUACACAAAUGGCCCACCACCUUUAUGAAAAGAUUUCCAGCAGCUCAGUAAUAUUUCAAAUGCAGUACCCAGAAUUCAGUAGGAUUUCCAUGACCUACCUGCCGAUAUAAAUAAAUUAAAUGUCUGUCAAUAUCAAAAUGAGCCAUGGAAUACAUUAAUUGGGCCAUUAAAGACUUGCAUCUCUUCCAUGGAUGUUGACUAAGUAAUAGAAAGUUUUUCUCCCCAAAUAGCAUCCUGGGUUUUUCAGCUACUUUUAUAAUUUUGACCAUCACUCUAUACAAUACCUAGCAGAGGACUUCAGUUUGAAGAAGGACCAGUAUGUACUGCUCAUUAUAGAGCUAUUAUACAAUCUUUAUUUAACUACUCUACUGGUAUUUUAAACUAAACUUACAUAUAAACCUAUAUACUUGUAAGAAACAAACUGGAGUGAUUUUAGAAACCAUUGUAACAUACAAUUUUAAAAGCUUGCAAGGCAGCAUAUUAUUUUCCCCAUUUUUGGUGGGGUUUUGAGUGAGGCAUGAUGUUCUAAUCUUUGCUUUGAAUGCACAAAUUGUAAAUGGCACAUUUUAUAAUUUAAAAAAGAUAUGUAAGAAAUGAAAUCAUGAAAACUUUAUGAACAACCAUGGAUAUUAAGUAUUAAAAAUAUUUAUGUAUGUACA